AUGCGGGCCCAGACCCAAGCCCAGGGUCAACAACAGGCACCGGCGGUCCAGACCGUCAACGCGGAGACCAAGGCCAUUGCCAAGCCCACAGCCUUCAAGGGAGAACGCAGCGAUGCCCGCCACUUCCUAGCAUACUUCCAGAUCUGGGCAAAGGAGCAGGGCCGCCCUCUCAACCUCGCGGGCGUACGCCAAGACCGCCUUUGGAUCAAGGCCGCCCUCUCCCUGAUGGAAGGAGAUGCAGCCACCUGGGGCCGUCGCUACGUAGAAGACAUUGCGUCUCAUGAGGCCGGAGGAGUCAACGCACCUGCCUUCCCCUUCUCUGAGUCGUGGACCACCUUUGUAGACAACUACAAGGUCCGCUGGCAGGCCCAAGACGAGGAAGCAGAGGCACGACAUGCCCUAGACAAGCUGUCUCAGGGCACCCUUGGGGUGGCAGACUAUGCGGCCCGGUUCCAAGACCUGGCCUCCCGCACCGGCUACUCCGACGCCGACCUCCGUGUCCACUUCUACGCGCGACUCUCCAACGCCAUCAAGACCCAGCUGCUGCCAGUUGAGCUUGCGCAUGGCAAGCCAACCGACCUCAACACGCUGGUCAAACGAGCGUGCAAAGCCCAGGACUUGCUCGAUGAGCUCCGCAUGGAGACCGGAGGCUACGCCUCGCGCCGCUAUGGCAACACGCCCCAGGCCGCCCCUCGCCCCGCGGCCGACCCCUAUGCUAUGGAGGUGGACGCUACGCGCACGGGAAACGGGAAGACCCGAGAGGAGUUCCAGCGCGCCAUGACCGGCCGCUGCUUCGGCUGUGGGUCCAAGGAGCACCUGAAGCGAGACGGGAACCACCAGACUGACCGUUGCGGCUAUUGCAGUCGCACGGGGCACAAGGAGACGGUCUGCGAGGACAAGUAUCUCGGCCGGGAGCGUAACCAAGGUCAGCUCAGCCGCGGGCAAGGCCGACAGCGCGUCGCAGCCAGUAGGCAAGACUCCGCCCCGUUCUCCCUCUUCACAGAGCCCCCGACCGCCACUGUUGCGGCCUCCAUCCCCGUCGCCGACCAGAACACCACCCAAAUCGCAGACCUCGAGAGGAUCCUGGCUGAGCAGCAAGCCCUCCUCGACCGUCUCCGCCCGGGUUUUUAA